AUGGCACCUCAUCACAUCCGCAAAUACCAGGAGACUGACCACAAAAGGGUCCUGGAGUUGUUCUCCCAAGGGAUGAUCGAGCAUGUCCCUGCCACCAUUCACCACAUGCUGAAGUUGCCACAAACAUUCUUGCUCUUACUUGGGGUGCCCAUCGCCCUACUCCUGGUCUCUGGCUCUUGGCUCCUGGCUCUUGUAUCCAAUGUCACCCUCCUUGUUUUCCUAUGGCUGUUGGCCAGACAGCCUUGGAGGAAGUACGUGGUGGUGUGUUUCCAGACAGAUCUUGCAGAUAUCACCAAAUCCUACCUGAGGGCCCAUGGUUCCUGCUUCUGGGUGGCUGAGUCUGGGGGCCAGGUGGCAGGCAUAGUGGGUGCUCUGCCAGUGGAGGAUGCCCCCCCAGGGAGGAAGCAACUGCAGCUGUUUCACCUCUCUGUGGCCUUGGAGCACCGAGGUGAAGGACUAGGGAAAGCCCUGGUCAUGACUGUCCUCCAAUUUGCGAGGRCUCAGGGCURCAGUGAGGUUGUCCUUGAUACUAGCAUAGUACAGCAGGCUGCUCUGACYCUCUACCUGCGCAUGGGCUUCCAGAAGACAGGAGAGUACUUUUAUAACACGGUCUUUAGACUAGUGUACCUUUCUACCAUUCGUUUAACAUACUUCCUCCCAUCUGCUCAGGAAGGAGGCCCAUGA